GGGUGCCGCGCCUUCCGAUUCGGCCGGCUGGACUUGCGCGCAGAAGUUUGUCGGCUUUCCAGGCUGUACAGACUUCUAGAGAAUUAAAUUUACCCUACAGAUGUGAAAAUAAUAACUCCAAAAGAUGCACAGCUGAAGAAGAACCUGGGUUUGGAGAGGAUGAAGAAAGCCAAGUGUUGGAUGUGAGUUGUAAAGCCCUCUGUCCUAAUGCUUAUGAUACUGAAAACAUGACAGCAUGUCAGAAUGGCUGUGGAAAUGGCACCUCUGUCACCUGUAUAGUCAUGGAUAAUAAAGAAUUACAGAACAACACUACCUCAUUAUUUCAAAAUGGGGGAUGCAACACCAGUGACAGUUGUGAAGAUGAAGGACAGGGAAACAAAGUUAGCCCUUCCAAAAUCAUGCAAUUUUUCUCCACUCCUCGGAAAAGAUCUGGCUCCAAUGUAGAAAGGCCCCGUUCCCUGAUAGUUAUGGGGAACCCCUCAACAUGGAAUGCUUUAUCUUCCAUUAGAAAAAUGGGAUCUUUCAAGAAGUUAAAAUCUUCUGUUCUCCAAGGAAUCCAAGCCAAGGAAGACUCUGACAACUUAAAUGACAGCACAUUGGGGAACGAUACAAGAAAGCGUGUCCAAAAUGGUACAGUGAUGAGAGUUCAGACAAACAGGUAUUCCUACUCAGGACCUCUACAUGAUUUGCACAGCACAGUAGAUAAUAUUUUGGCUUCUGAUAACUCUGAUGGUGAGGAAAGUGAUGACUCUUUCCUGAGGAACACUCGCCGAUCACGCAGCAUCAGGCGCGCCUAUGGCAUUGGCCGCAUAAAUUUACUAGACACAGAUAAAAUUCAGGAUCAUCAGAACAAUACCAAAACAAUAUCCCCCCUCAGCCAGGAGUCCCAGAUUUGUGAAAUUGUAGUGAAAGAUUGUGAAAGCAAUGAAGUCAUGUACAGGCGGAGCAAAAGUAUAGAUAAUCUGAACUUUUUGAAAAAGAGCUCAUUCAAACGGAAGUCCACCUCAAACCUCACCGACCUCAAAAUUGCAAGUGAAAAGCAAACUCCACAGAGAACAACAAGCACUUCUUCAGCCGACUCAGAUAAAACCAACAGGAACUCAGAGCGGAGAUCAAAACGUUGGAAGAGCCCAAUUAGAGCGAAGGAUUUUGACAGAGUUUUGAAACUUGUCAGCAGUGUUGCUGACGUUGCCUUGAAGAAAGACAAUCCUAAGAGGGAAACACCAUCAUCCAGUGAGCAGAACCAGAGGACAAGAUCAAACAGCAGACUACAUGACGAUUACUCACGCCGGGUGUCUAGCAGCAAUGAAAGUGACAGACGGAGGUGUCAGCCUCCCAAAUGUAGCCCAGACUCUGCUUUUCCUGCAGCUAGUCUCCAAAGAAGCUCGGAGGAUGACAGUGUUGGAACUGACACACUGAGCUGCAAUACCAAUAGUCACGGGAUAUCUUCCUGCGACACCCCAGAUUCAGUAUGUUCAUCACCUCCCUUUAAGGAUAUUAGCCCAAUUCCUAAUGAAGUGUUUUAUGAAGAGUCGGAUGAACCAAAAAGUUCCAUUCAGUUUACAGGCAGCACUGAGCAUUCCAACAUCCCUGCUAGACCUGCAGUCCCUAAGCCUCAGAGCCCUAGUGCUGAAAAGGUUAAGUGCAAUAUUAACUUCCAUUGUCCUGAUCAGUGCAGCACCUUGUCGCUCAGCUCAAUGGAAAGUGAGGAAAGAGGGGAGGGGCCUUCUUCCAAGCUGGGGAAAAAUACUGCUUGUUUCCAGGACUCUGUGCAAGCUGCAUAUUACGACGAAGCAAAUGAAGAUAGCGGCAUCAGCAGCCACUCUCAGCUGAGCCUCAAUUUAGCUCCGAGUGCUGAUGAAAAGAAGGAAGAGGUUGUUACUGGUGAACACUGGAAGAGAUCUUCAUCCCAAGAUGAAGAGAAGACAGAUGCACAAAAGGUCACUACCCGGAGAUGGGGCUCUGGAAAAAGAUCCCGACCUCGGCCCCUCUCAGAUUAUGGCCAAUUGGCCAUUAGGAGUUUCUCAAUACCAGAAGAUUCUAUUGCGGUGGAGUCUCAGAUGGUGGAAUAUGCAGAUGACAACAAUGGAUUGCCUUCUGUUGAAUCUGGAACCAGUACAGUAGCCAACCAAAGAGGGCCCAAAAGAAGACCCAUCUCUGUCAUUGGUGGGGUCAGUUUCUAUGGGGACAACCAAACUGAAGAAAUAGCAGAUCUUCUCACACAACCAGUGCCACGCCCUCCCGUACCAGCCCAUCAGGUUCCUCCUUAUAAAGCCAUCUCAGCCAGAUUUCGUCCGUUCACCUUUUCUCAAAGUACACCCAUUGGCCUGGACAGAGUUGGAUGCAGGCGGCAAAUGAGAACAUCCAAUGGCACUGCAGAUGGUGGUACUGAAUCUUCUGCCUUAGUGGAUGACAAUGGUAGUGAGGAAGAUUACAGCUACGAGGAGCUCUGCCGAGCGAGCCCUAGGUACUUGCAGCCUGGAGGGGAACAGCUAGCCAUUAAUGAGCUGAUAAGUGAUGGGAGCAUGGUCUAUGCAGAGGCACUCUGGGAUCAUGUGACCAUGGACGAUCAGGAGCUAGCCUUCAAAGCUGGGGAUGUCAUUCAAGUCCUUGAAGCGUCCAACAAGGAUUGGUGGUGGGGAAGAAGUGAAGACAAGGAAGCCUGGUUUCCAGCAAGCUUUGUCAGGCUGCGAGUCAAUCAGGAAGAACUUGCAGAAAACUGCAGUAGCCUUCAGGAUGAGGAACAAAAUGCAGAUCCUGGGAAACACCGCCAAAAAAUUGCCGAAAACAAGGAUCAGAUGAGAACAAAUGUUAUUCAGGAAAUAAUGAACACAGAGCGGAUCUAUAUCAAACACCUCAAAGACAUCUGUGAGGGGUACAUUCGUCAGUGUCGCAAACAUACAGGGAUGUUCACUGCAGCCCAACUCCUCACCAUUUUUGGAAACAUUGAAGAUAUUUACAAAUUCCAAAGAAAAUUCUUGAAAGAUCUAGAGAAGCAGUACAACAAAGAAGAACCCCACCUGAGCGAAAUAGGAUCCUGCUUUCUUCAGCAUCAAGAUGGUUUUGCUAUCUAUUCAGAAUAUUGUAACAAUCAUCCUGGUGCCUGCAUUGAGCUAUCCAAUCUGAUGAAACACAGCAAAUACCGCCACUUCUUCGAGGCUUGUCGCUUGCUUCAGCAAAUGAUUGAUAUUGCUAUUGAUGGUUUUCUUCUCACACCUGUGCAGAAAAUCUGUAAAUACCCUCUACAGCUUGCAGAAUUACUUAAGUACACCACACAGGAGCACAGUGACUAUAACAACAUAAAGGCCGCAUAUGAGGCCAUGAAGAACGUAGCCUGCUUGAUCAAUGAGCGCAAACGAAGGCUAGAAAGCAUAGACAAGAUUGCACGUUGGCAAGUCUCCAUAGUCAGCUGGGAGGGGCAAGAUAUUUUAGGUCGAAGCUCAGAAUUAAUCCACUCAGGAGAACUGACUAAAAUCUCCAAGCAAGGCAAGAGCCAGCAGAGGACUUUCUUUCUCUUUGAUCAUCAGCUUGUGUUCUGUAAGAAAGACCUAUUGAGAAGGGACAUGCUGUACUACAAGGGCCGCAUUGACAUGGAUGAGGUAGAAGUGCUGGAAGUAGAAGAUGGCAGAGACAAGGACUUCAAUGUCAAUGUGAAAAAUGCUUUCAAAAUCAUGAAUAGCGCCACAGAAGAAGUUCAUCUGUUCUGUGGAAAAAAGCCGGGGGAUAAGAAAAGGUGGCUGGAAGCCUGUGCAAAUGAGAGGAGACGAGUGCAGGAAGACAAAGAAAUGGGCAUGGAAAUUUCAGAAAACCAAAAGAAACAAGCCAUGCAGAAUGCACGAAAAUCAAGACAUGGAAAGAUUAAAGGUGUUAGCUAUAGUGGGUGCCCAGUACCACCACCACACCAGAGUUUACAUCCUAUCCAUCAGCGUCACAUCACAGUGCCCACUAGCAUUCCACAGCAGCAGGUCUUUGCCUUGGCAGAACCCAAGCGGAAGCCAUCACUUUUCUGGCAUACUUUUAACAAACUGACACCAUUCAAGAAAUGAGUGGCUGAAAGUCUUUGGACAGGAAGGACAAAUGCUAAAGGAGAGCAAUUCAGCAACAAAGAAUUCAUUGGGACACAGUAGAGCUGGGAAAUUGUGAAUUCGGUUCCAAAGGGGAAGAUGUUUGGUUCCUCCUAACCUUCCUCUGUAACCUUUGUUGAGAAUGAUGGCGGCCAUGUCGUUAUGAGAAGAAGGCUAUGGUGUGUUCUGAAGCAAAUAUUGACUUGUGUCAAUAAACAUUGCUGAUGAAGAGCCUGCCGCUUGGUCACAAGGGCAGAUUGCUGGUAUUCUGGAACAGUGGCGUACUGUUUAUGUUGUAUUCGUACCAAAGGAAGGGUUAAAAUCUCUAAAUCAUUUUGCCUGUCUUAAUAAUUAAUUGAUGGCAAAAUUUAGAAAUAGGACAGAAAGCAUUUUUCCCUGUCACAGCAUAUUGGCAAAGAGAGGUUUCAUCUUCUUUGUGGGCAUCGAACGAGCAAAUGGAUCCCAUCUGAUGACCAAGUAGCUUCUGGGUCAAGAACUGGUGAAUCUCAUUCCUUCCUGUUAGUCUUAGUUCACCGCCUGCUGGUUUUGCCAAAUGGCAGUAGGACUUUCUGCAAGGCCUUAGCAUCUUCUUGGCAAAAGGCUGGAGAGAAUUUUAACUUGGUAAAAUAAAACUGUAAAACACACAUUUUUAACAUGCUGUUGCAAAUAAUGAAGGAAGGAAAGCUCUGAUGCAUGUGAUGAUUCUUACUGAAAGCAGUGCUUUGCUGCACACAUGGUAUGCACUUCAAAGAAAAAUAAUUUCAUUUAUUUUGGUACUUGAAACUGUUGGCCAGUGAGAACUGCCUCUGUGGUUUCUGAUGUGCCUGUAUUUACAAUAUGAAAGCAAAUUUUGUUUUUAAGUACACUAAUGUGAUUUAUACAAAGAUUAACACAAAGUAACACAAAUCUGAGACUAUUAACAGAGGUUUUCUUCCCUAAGUUCCAUAUGCAUACACAUUCCAGCUGGCUCAUAUGAUUGUUAUAAAAUGCCUCCAGAAGGUUCUCGGGCUGGUGUGAGGUUAUCCUUGAAUACUGCAGCCAAGCAAGAGGGUCACUUACGGGUUAUUUCUUUGCGAUGUCAAGAGGAUCCUGCAGCAGGGAUGAGAUGGUGGCAUUAGAAGUGGUUGGAUUGAAAGAGACUUUUUAAAAAGACUUGGUUCAAAUGUAGCCUAUUUAUGGAAUAUAAAAAACAAUUUCCUUUUAUUUUUAUUUUGCUCUGUUCAUGAAAUGAAGUUGUUUUUAAUAUAGGUUUUACAAAAUACUCUACCCUAACAAAACUGUCAUAAACUAAAGUUUAUGGUACACAUUUUUUUCUUCUCAGCGGUUAUACGUAUACUAAUGUGCAUUAUAAACAAGAACAGAGUGGGACAACUUUCUCUUUGUAUUUCAAGACUAGUUUCCAAAAAAUAUCCAAAGUAAUUUCAGUUUGGCAUACUGUGCUAACUAUCAUGGCCAUAGCAAAGUUAUAUUGAGAAACCAUUUUUGAGCGCAACGGUAUUUGGGUAUAUGUCAGACUGUAAAAGAGAAUGGACUACAGCUAACCUCCUCUAUCACUUGGCAGAAAAGCCUUAUGAGAAAUAAUUCUUUGGCUGCAAUCAUAAACAUAUUUACCUGGAAGCAAAUCACUUUGAAAUCAACAAAACUUCUGGGUAAAUGUGGUAAGGGAUGGGCUGUUCCUUCUCUGGCUUCUUUCUCCCUUUUAUUCAGAGUGUGUACUGAAGAGUACACCAAAACAGCCUCACUGCAAUUUGACCUCAAGUUCAGCCCUUUUGAGUCCCAUUUCGAUGGGAAUGCUAAAACCUUUUCCGUUGAAAUAAAUGGGUACUUAAAAGCACUGAACUUUGCCUGAAUUGUACCCACAAACGUAUAUGUAUAAAAACUUGAGUUGGCAGUUUCUGCAACAGUCAAUAAAAGCUUAUUGUCUGGUAAACUAUAAAUGCUGAUAAAAUAUACACCCUGGUACAUUUGUUAUCUGUACAUUUGGUGUCUUGUAAUUCUUGUGUAUGAAUUUUUCAUGUCCAUGAAAAAUGAUCUUUUACUAAGAUGCAUUUUUAACCUGGAGUGAUACCUUGAAAGACAAGGAUUCCUUCUGUACAUAGCUCUGAUAAUGGCUGUAAACAGGAUGUAUUGUUGAUGCUGAACUGAGUUAACCAGCAUGUUGUGAAAUGCAUUGCUUGCUUUUCAAUAUUAACUUUUACAGAUGAAAUACUUGAGAACGGAUAUGUGGAGUAAUAGGCUUGCAUUUGACUUUGAAUAAUUAUUCAGUUGUUAAAACUGGAAAAGAUUAUUGCAGUAGACCUUCCUUUGAAACAAAAAAGAAAACUUCUCAUCACCCCUUUGAUUAGUGCUGUUGCUUGUUUUAGGAGCGCAGGUGCAGAGCGCAGGUGGGCAUGCAAGGGCGUUUUGAGAGUAUCACCUCACCAUUCACUCUGUCAUGCCUCAUUCACAUGCUAACAAUGUGGCUUAAAAUGAUUUCUUAAAAGGGGUUGACCUUUGUGCCUGCAUCAGUGUUCUCUGAAUAUUUAAAAUUUUACCAUUAUCACUAUUCACACACACACAAAACUUUAGGAGUGCCUUCAAGGCAUGACUGGACCUAUCCCCAUAACCAUGCCUGUCUCAGGCCAGAUGCCCAUCCCAUGAUUGCAAAGAAUCGGUGUGAGACAGAUUGGCCAGCUCUGUUCUUGCAAGUUGUAAGCCUUCAGCCUAGCCACUGCCGUACAAAUGUGCUGUUUGUGUGUUGGAUGCACUAAGCCACAACCAAAUAAUUUGUGUCACUGGGAGGCGUUCCUCUACUUGCCUAGGAGCAUCAGGCGACUUCUUCCCCCCCCUUCCCUUCUCCCUCUCCUCCCUCCCAACAUACAGGGUAGUGUUGUAGUAGGACUAGAGUCAUGUACAGCGGUUCCUAGAUGGGCGAGUCUCUCAUCGACAUGAAUUACCUGGGCGUGGUAGGGGAGGCCCACGUUGUAUAAGCUUGAUAAGAGAGGAAAGGGCUCGAAUGGACUUCUGUGGGAGAUGCUGCCACCCACAGUUGUGCUCUCUGCUGGACUAGACCCCGUGCCUCUGUUCCCUCCAUGAAACACUGAGGUUUUGGCGUGCAGAGGAGGGAGGUUCAGAUUUGCUUAUGAACACACUGCUGUUACUAUUUUCAGGAAAGUCCCAAAAAUUACAAAAAGAGGGGGAAAUUAUAUUAUUAUGCAGGUUACUCAGGAACAAUUUUAUAUAAAGUAUCUUGCACACUUAAUUGGUUUGUUUUAAUAAGGUUUUUUGUCUUGGCUUUUUUUUUGUACAGCCUGGUUUUGCUUGGUACGAAAAAGACAAUUGUUGUAGCACAUUAUUGCGUGGCUACUUUAUUUGGUUUGGGAACAUGCUGUCUCUGAAAGAUCUGAAGACAAGAAAAAUUGGCUAGACUCUGUGACCUUUUGAUAUUCCAUGUGACUCGAACAACUCUCAGCCAAUUAAAGUAGCAGCUACCCAAGACCUUCAAUAUAGUUGUACAGACUAGAACCCAAAUGAGGUGCUGCAAGUUAAUUCCAGGGCUUGCAUUUACCCAAUGGGAUUCCAGACUUUUCUCAACAGAGAUCCUUCUGGGUGUCUGUCUUCCACAAGGGAUGGGAUUUUGUGGUUUCCCUGUGCAGCUGCAGAUAAAGCACAGCAGCAAUGGGGCUUCCACAUGGCAGAUUUCCUCACAGUUUCCCUGCCCCAAUUUGGGCAGCCAGGGAGUUUGCAAUUUUUUAAAAAAUUGGUGCUAGAAUAUCAUAUUGAUAUACUGUUGUGACAAUAGGUGUAGCAGAUGGUCUGAAUCUCCACCUUUCUUUCAUUCCAAAAAAGGAAGGCUCCUUUCCUUGCAGAGAUAUAAGGGGAAGGGCAUGUCUCCAAAAGUGAAGGGGUUAGAGACUUAAAUAAAAGCUUGGGAUCCAGAGAACCUGCUAUACCUCUUAUAAUAAUUGUAUAUUGAUACAAUAUUUUAGCACUGAAUUUUAAAAAAAAUAACCGCCCCCCCCCCACUGCGGGUAGAAAUGGCUGCCAUAUGGUAUGAGGAAAUGGUUGCUAUGUGGGCCAGAAAAUCAAAUUUAUCCAUUUAUAGAGCAGCCAUCCAGGCUUCCCAAAACUUCAGAGCUAAACAAGUUUGAGAAAGAUCAGAGAAAGGCCAGGGAAACCCCCAGAAGUGCAUGAAUGCUGUAGGGAAGCAGGGAAAAAACUGCUUCCCAAAAUCAUUGAAUUUGGGGCAGAUAAUCCCUGUGGAAGUCCCUCUAUGUUAUAUCUCAAGCUGCACUUGGAGCUCCCUUCAGUUUCAAAGACCUUUUGCUAUGCACCACCUAACAAAUCCAAAGUGGAAGGUUUCUUUGGAUCCUCCCCUGGGUUUAUGGAGGAAUCAGCCACAUAUUCUGAAGUGCUAUGUUUUGAACACACUGUAAGUAAGCAUGCCUUGAUCAGAGUCUCCCCAAGUCAACAUCCUUUUAAAUAAGAUAGGCGGUCUUAAUUUGCAUAUCAACACCCAUCCACAUCAAAAUAUUAGAAUCUAACCACUCUUCAUUUCCACAACAACCUCUGCAUGGUUUUAAAGUUAUUUUGUCAUAUUCAUGUGCAACUACUGACUGUGAUUGUGCCUCAUUUCACUAAAGCGUAGCUUAGCCAGAGUGCUUGUACAAAUGACCUCAGCCUUCAUGCAUGAAAGGCAGAAAAGCACACCCUUCGUUUCCAUGGAGCUAAGCUAAUACCAAACCUUAUCCCUCUAGUUCACUAUUAACACCUCUUUCUACAAGUAAAUAAGCUAGUUUUAACAGUGACUUGCAUUUCAAUAUGAAAAAUUGAAGGAGCUUCAUUAUUGAAAUACUUGUCAUUUAGUUGUGUAGGGCAUUCUUCCUCCUUUUUUUUAAAUUAUAGCUUGGAAUUCAAGCCAAAGGACCUUAGCCAUAAUAAAACAGUAUCUUAUGGUCAACUGCCUUUCUUUCUCUUUGUGUACAGUAUUUGCAUAUGUGAGAUGCCUUCUGAAUGACUGUGAUUUUAAAUGAUUGGUAAUUAUUAGGGCUGCUCAUUUAACUUGCCUGUAUAUUUUGUUUUGACAAGUGUUCUAUAACAUUUCCCCCUUCUGUAUAUACUUUAUGCAUUUUAACAUCUGUGUGCUGCUGCAUAUGUUGCAAGCCAGGGGUUGUGGCUUCAGAAAAAAAUAAAUGGGCUGUUGACAGCUGAAGUGUA